AUGUCGAGGGUCAUGACUAAGCUUGCACCAAUCCUCAUGACGCAGCAUCCAGGCCAGACACAGGAACUAGAGUGCUCUGCAUCGGGCCUUGUGCACAGCAGCGCACCGGCGCCUGGGGCCCCGGAAAACCCUACGGAGUUUGAAUACCAUCCUUCACCAACAAACCUCGAGGGCCCAGUGGUGACCACCCCAACCAGUCUAGCCGGUGAUCCAGAGCCACAACGCCCCGCCUGCACGCCCCUGCCGGCGCCUCUGCCCAUGGGAGGCUGUGUAGUUGACGUUGGCGGACAGCUCUCUCCCGUCCCGGCCACCACGGGAGCAACAUCAUCGCGGGAGAGGUACCUCAGCCUAGCCGGUGAUUCAGAGCCACAAUGCCUCUCCUGCACGCCCCUGCCGGCACCUUUACCCAGGGAAGGAAGUGCAGUUGACGGUGGUGGGCGGCUCGUUCACAUCUCGGCCACCGCAGGGGCAACAUCGUCGAGGAAACAGUCAAGGCACCACGAUGAUGAUGAUGAUGAUGAUGAUGAUGAUGAUGAUGAUGAAGAUGCAGAUGAAGAUACUGGUGAUGAUGAUACCAAUAAAAGCAAGGAGUGA